AGAUCUCAGCUUUUGCGGACCCGGCCGGCCCUGGUAAUCCUCGGCAUCUGUUGUUGAUGGCGGCUGAUGCAGGAAUGGCAGCAAUUACUCCAGUCGCCGCCAUCUCCACCGCCGCUGCCAGGCGAGCCCACGCUGCAGAAGCGGAUCCGAGGCGUCAAGGCCGCGCUGAAAGCCGCCCGAGCGAAGCCUGCGGAUCGGCCUGAGGAGUUGGAAGCGCAGCUGACAGGCUUAGAGCUGGAGAAAGGAGCUGUGCUCCGGCUGGUCCUGCAAGAUGGUGAAGUCCCGAUUCCAGCAGGUCAACGAAUUGCCAUCGCUCUGCCUGCCGCUGAGAAAGAGGCGCUCUUAGAAGCUUUCGCAGGUCGGGCGGAGGGCGUCAUCAUUGCCCAGCCUCAGCUCCGCACAGCUGCGCUACUGAAGGGCGAUGAGCAGGAGUGGGCGCUCCUUGCUGUUGCGCCGCCCCACGCCAUUUGCCUUUCUGCGGAGCUCUUGAGCCAUCCGCUGCUCUCAGUACUCCGGAGAUUCGACGGCGCUCUAGUGAUCCUGGAGCCAGGGCAAGAGGCUGAGGACGAGGAGAUGCUUUGGUUUCACGCGCUCCGGCUGCGUCAUCGCUUCGCCUCUGGCCGCGUCGUGGCAGCUCCCAAGCUCAAGCCGGAGGUCAUCGGUGACCUAAAGAUGAGAGACGCGGAGGCUCACCACUUCGCAGCGGCAUCGGCGCUGUGUGCGGCGGAGUUUCAGGACGAUCUCGGCGAGAUCUUGCAGAACGAGGGCAUCAAGCUUUGCCUCCUCGUGGAAGGCCGACGCUUCUACGGAUUCUUCCUCUACAAGUUCUGGUGCCCACCGCUCAAGGCGCUGAGCAUCCCCCGCAUCGCCGUGGAGCCGAAGUAUCAGCUCCUGGGCUUCGGGCGACUCAUGGUGAGCUGGGCCAUCCAGAAGGCCAAGCAGAAGCCGCGGCAUGAAUGUAAUCGAGUGAGCCUAUCCGCAACACCUGAGGCCGUGCCCUUCUACCGGCACUUGGGCUUCUUAGAGGAGAAGGAGGACAACCCACCGACUUCGACGUCAGAGUCCGUCCGUAUGGAGUACCACUUCACGCGACGAUGACAAAUGCGGCUUCAUCGGCACAUAAGACGACCUCGUGACUGAGGCUUUCCCGGGAGCGAAGCUCAUGAAGAACCUCCUGCGCACACAAGAUCCAGUUGGAGGACGCCUCGCGACGAGCCGCGCGCCAAAGAUCCCUCAUCUUGCUGCAGAAGUGGUAGUGAACUUGCAAGUGGGGUGUGGCUUGAACAAGUAUCGAUAUUCAAUAUUCA